ACAACGCUUUCGUGCGCCCGCGACUGGUUUCUUAUCAAUGUAACGGAGAAAGGCGUCGUUUGGAGCCCACACCUUAGCAGUUCAGUGCAGCGACACCAUGAAUGUUUCGAUCGAACGAAAGCGAACGGAUUGUGCCGCUUUGCCGAAGGGCUGGCAGCGAGAGGAGGUCCUCCGCAAGACGGGUCUGUCGGCCGGAAAAGUCGAUGUGUACUACUACAGUCCGGCCGGGAAGAAAAUCGAAAGCAAACCGCAACUUGCCCGUGCCCUCGGCGACACAAUCGAUCUGUCGACGUUCGACUAUCCCGCGGGACGCAUCAUUGCGCCACCGUCGGUAGCCGCUGCUCAGCUCUUACAUGGCCAUCACGGACAGAGCUAUCAACACCACCACCCUCACAGUUCCAACCUCCGCCGGAAGCUUCCGGCAAUGUUCGCCGGAAGUAUGCUGUCCGGAGGGACGAACUCAGUCACUGCCACUCCGAUCAGCUCGGGAGCCAGUCUAAAGCCUCCGGCGCAUCAGUACGACUACAGCCGCGGAAUGCGUGCAGAUACCUCGCUCAUCCCACCGAUACGACAGACGGCGUCGAUCUUCAAGCAACCGGUCACGGUCGUCCGGUCGCAGGAAACCGACAGCAGCAGAGUGAAGCGCGAGCUGCAGCACGGUAGCCAGAUCAAACCGAAACAACUGUUUUGGGAGAAGCGACUCGAGCACCUGGGAGCAAGCAACACGCACAACGAAGAGAUUGGAGCGAUCGAGUUACCGAAGCGUCUUCGUGCAAUUGGGCCUGGAAUUCAUGAAACGACCGUCCUCCAGUCGUUGGCCACCGCACUCCACCACAAUACUCACCCGGUGACUGGGCAAACGGCAUCGAAAACGUCGCUCAACACGAACGCCGGAGUGUUCGUCAAUCCCGACCAACCGCUGAUGUCGAACGCGAGUAUCGGUGAGGACGACAUCAAGCGACAGGAGGAACGGGUUCAGUACGCCCGACUGAGGUUGCAAGAAGCUUUGCGGGCCUAAAUCGACAGCGCCGGCCAGACUCGCGAAACGGCGAGCAACGUGGCGUUAUUUCAUCCGUAUCGGAGCAGCAACUUUUAACUAUAAGCAAACGACACAGACACACAAACACACCGUUUUAUCCUAAACUAGACGUGAUUCUUACUUUUUUACAUUUUCGUAUAAGUGGUACGACAAACCGGAAAAU